GACACCUUGGUCUACACGCUUGCUAUAGUUUGGUUUGAUUACGAUAUAAAAUCCACAUAUCUUUCAUUGUUUUCCAAAUUUUCAAGACAUAAGCAUGUUAGCCGGAAGUCUCAGUUUUGUGAUCUUAAUCAUUUUUGUACAUGCAGGCCCACUUGAACGUCAUCCUGCUCUCAAGGCGGUCAAUGCAUGUCCUCUAUUCUGCGCGCAAGAUGUUUUAGACCAGAUGUGCGGAUCAGAUGGACGAACUUACGACAGUAUGUGUGAAUUCCACCUAGCAAAAUGCAGAAAUCCUCGUCUUCAGAUUGCGUUUAGUGGACAAUGUCCAGUCCCCGUCCAGUCAAGAGGAAUAAUUUGCACGACACCCUGGUGCUGGCCCUUGGAUGAACCAGUUUGUGGUUCGGACAGACUGACGUAUAAAAACCAGUGUGAACUGAACAAUGCAAUGUGUGAUAACGAGAGCCUUAAAACAGAGCAUCAAGGACCGUGUAAUCCAGCAACAUCGCAAUAAGUUUGUCAUCUUUGUUUAUCAGGCUGAAAUAUAUUUAAAAUUUACAGACAGUAAACUAUGUUUCAAAGAUA